UUUUCUGCCUUGUCAGCCUGGGCUCCGGCAACAAGAUGAGUAUAGGCGGCUUGGAUCAGAAUGAGGAGUUCUACCAGCAACUGUGGCUGCAGGAGCUGUACGGCAAGAAGAACGAGGAAGGCAGUAAGGACCCUUUCACAUACAUGGACCCGGCGGACGGGAUGCAGUACGAGUGGGAUUGCGACAAGAAGGCCUGGUUCCCAAAGGUUACUGAAGAUUUCCUGGCAACAUAUCAUGCUAACUACGGCUUUCCCACUGAAAGUUCAGAUAAUUCACCUGCAUCUCUUGCAAACACUAAAUCUAAGACUCCUGCAGACUCAAAGACUACCAAGGUCCAGCAGCCAACAGUUCUAAAAGUAUCUCAGGCAACAGAUCUUAAACAAAAUGGAGAGAAAAUAAAACCCAACGCAGGAUGGUUUCAUGUUGAAGAACAGAGAAACACAAAUGUCUAUGUGACAGGUUUACCACCAGACAUUACAAAAGAUGAGUUUGUGCAGGUUAUGUCAAAAUGUGGUAUUAUUAUGUGUGAUCCGCAAACGGAGGAGCCUAAAAUUAAGCUUUACAAAGACAAAGAAGGAAAUCUCAAAGGAGAUGGGCUCUGCUGCUACUUAAAGAGAGAAUCUGUUGAACUAGCAUUACAACUUUUGGAUGAAAAUGAAAUCAGAGGCUACAAAUUGCGUGUGGCAGUUGCACAGUUUCAACUGAAGGGGGAGUACGAUGCCAGCAAGAAGAAGAAGAAAUGCAAAGACUACAAGAAGAAGCUGUCUCAACAACAAAAACUGCUGGAUUGGAGACCGGAGAAGAAAGAUGGCAGCGUUCGAAUGCGGCACGAGCGUGUUAUCAUUAUCAGGAACAUGUUCCACCCAAGCGAUUUUGAAGAAGAUCCUUUAGUGCUAAAUGAGAUAAGAGAAGAUCUUCGGACAGAAUGUGAAAAAUUUGGACAAGUAAAGAAAGUCUUUCUAUUUGAUAGGCACCCAGAUGGUGUUGCUUCUGUGUCAUUUAAAGAAGCAGAAGAAGGAGAUGUCUGCAAACAAGCACUCAACAGGCGAUGGUUUGGUGGACGCCAGCUCUCUGUGGAGACCUGGGAUGGUGUAACAGAUUACCAGGUUGAGGAGACUUCAAGAGAAAGGGAAGAGAGACUGAAGGGUUGGCAGAAGUUUUUAGGUGAUCCAAAUUCAGAAAUGCCGAAAACAGCAUGUGACACAGAUUCUGGUGUCCAGCUUCCAGAAGGCGUUCAGCCAUCUAAAGUUAAGAGUGCAUCUGAGGGUGGCCCAAAGGGUGAAGCAGCUGAGAGAGGAGAUAAUGGCAAGGGUACCAACGAAGAUGUCACAGCAUCCACAGACAGCAGCGUUGCAGGCAGUGAUGAGGAAGCAGAGACAUCUUUAACUCAUUUGUAAAAGCAUCUAUGUAGGGUAACCUCUAAACCUCAGUUAUCCUGUGCUUCAAAGUAACUGCAGGCAGCAUUCAAAUGAAUAUGUAUGCAUUACCCUAUUGAGAUAUCAGUGUGUUUUUGAGGUGUUUCAUUAAAAGUAACAUUUAAUGAUAA